UCCUCUCUGACCCGGCACGCCGAGCCGUUGUGUUGCAUCUCUUGUCGUAAGUGUUGGCUGUCGCACGUUUUUCCCUCUGUCUGGGAGGGGAGAGGGCAGGAAAUAACGACGAAGGACGAGGGAGGGACACACACACAGAAAAAAAGAGAGAGAAGGGAGUUGGGAGGUGGAGCGCUGACAGCUGGUGCCUGGCCAUGCUCCCCAACGGAGCCGGCGCGCCGCCCUUCCCCUUCUCUUCUGGAAGACGCCUCCUGGAAGCCGCGGAGCCGAACCGCUGAGAGAAGAAAUGUGUCCGCUGCGCGCUGUGCGCCGGAGCCGGAACCGGAGCCGCAGCCGCAGCCGCGCGGGCCUGGAGCUGCUGUGAGCGGAGCGCGCUGUCUCGCGCCAUCGCAUCCGUCAUAUUCAUAACGAGUUGCUUGCUCCUCUUUGUCGCUGCGCGUUCAACGUCGGUUUCGGAACAAAAUGCGCACGUGACGGAUUAAUAAACAGACUUCAGGGGCUCCUUGUUAAACGGGGUUGUGACGCCCCCGUCGGCAAUGGCGGCGCGUGCUCGCCCCUGGAGCGGCGCUUUGAAGCGGCUGUGAACUGCUGCUCGCGCGGCCACUAUGUCGGCACCAGCAGGGGGCCGUGGGGGGCCCACGGAGCUGCCCGACCUCAGCCACCUGACCGAGGAGGAGCGCAGGAUCAUCCAGGCCGUGAUGGAGCGGCAGCGGAAAGAGGAGGAAAAGGAGCAGUCCAUGCUCAAGAAACUGCACCAGCAGUUUGAGAUGUACAAGGACCAGGUGAAGAAGCUCGGGGAGGAGGCCCAGCGCACACAGGAGCAGAAGGGAGACACUCCCACCUGCGGCAUCUGCCACAAAACCAAGUUCGCCGAUGGCUGCGGACACGCCUGUUCUUAUUGCCAAACUAAGUUCUGCGCACGGUGCGGGGGACGCGUGGCUCUGCGCUCCAAUAAGGAGGACAAAGUGGUGAUGUGGGUAUGCAACUUGUGCCGAAAACAACAGGAAAUCCUCACCAAGUCAGGAGCCUGGUUCUACAGCAGGGGCUCUGGAGCGCCCCGGGGCCCAGGCACCACUGAGGGGCCCUUGGGCUCUCGCAGCCAGGAGGUGCCGCAGGAGAAGAAGGCCAAGCUGCAGGGAACAUCCUCCUUCGAGGGACCUGCAGGGGACCUGGCAGGACCUGACAAAGGUGGGCCCCACGGACCCCCCUGGCAAGACCCCCUCAGAAACGGAACAGGGCGGUGGCAGGCAGCUCCAAGUGACGCUCCUGUGGACAGGAAGAGAAGCCCGUCAGCAUCCAGGGAUCCAAACCAAAAAUACGACCAAAGGAACGACAGGGGUGACCACGUGCAGUAUGCCCCAGGGGAGGGGGGCAGGUCCAGUUCACCGUCCGACUUUGGUAGUCGGGGUCCCUACUGGGGACCACGGGGUUCGCAGAUGUACGAGGAUAUGGACAUGGUUCAAGGGGGGUACCAGGAUGGGCGGGGCCGCUGGCAUUUGCAGGACUACCCCCUAGAUGAGGACCUAGGUGAGUACGAGCUUCAGCGGCACCGUGAGGAAGAGUAUCAGGCACGUUACCGUAGCGAUCCCAACCUAGCGCGGUACCCCGUGAAGCCACAGCCCUACGAAGAGCAGAUGCGCAUGCAUGCUGAGGUGUCACGUGCCCGUCAUGAGCGGCGCCACAGUGAUGUCUCUUUGGCAUGCACUGAGCUGGACGAGCCGCUUGGACCCCUGCUGCGCCGGCGCAGGCCUGGCGACACCCAGCGCUCCUACUCAGUGGAGAGGACAUCAAGCCACAGCCCGCCCACACCACGCCGGAGCCCCGUGGGGCCCCCAGGGGAAGUCCCUCGCAAGACACAGCACCACCUGGACCCCAGCUCAGCUGUGCGGCGAUCCAAGCGGGAAAGGGUCGACAGCAUGCUGCGCAAUGACUCACUCAGCUCAGACCAGUCGGAGUCGGUGCGCCCGGCGCUGCCUGCACAGCGUUCCCACCGUGCCAGGAGGCUUGGCAAGAUGCGGCAGCUGUCCUUCAGCAGCUCCGAGGAGGAUCUCGCCACCACGCCUGAGUACACGAGUUGCGAGGAUGUGGAGUUUGAGACGGAGUCCUUCAGCGAGAAAGGGGACGGGGAUGGCCACUGGUGGGACUACGCAUCGUGGCACAGCAGCGAGGCCUCCUCCAUGUCUUUGCACCCUGUAACGUGGCAGCCAUCCAAAGAUGGAGAGCGCCUCAUUGGGCGCAUCCUGCUCAACAAGCGCAUGAAGGACGGGAGCGUGCCUCGAGACACAGGGGCGCUGCUGGGACUCAAGGUUGUUGGAGGAAAGAUGACGGAAUCUGGUAAACUCUGUGCUUUCAUCACGAAAGUGAAAAAAGGAAGUCUAGCAGAUACUGUUGGACAUCUCCGACCAGGCGACCAGGUCCUCGAGUGGAACGGGAGGCUUCUGCAAGGAGCCACAUUUAAGGAAGUUUACAACAUCAUCCUGGAGUCAAAGCCAGAGCCCCAAGUGGAACUGGUUGUCUCUCGGCCAAUUGGAGAUGUUUCCUGGAUACCAGACAGCACACAUGCACAGUUGGAAUCCAGUUCAAGCUCAUUUGAGUCCCAGAAGAUGGACCGUCCCUCCAUUUCUAUAACAUCUCCCAUGAGCCCUGGCGUACUGCGAGACGUCCCUCAGUAUCUGUCUGGACAGCUCUCAAGCCAAAGCCUUAGUAGAAGAAGCACGCCUUUUGUCCCUAGGGUCCAGGUCAAACUCUGGUAUGACAAAGUAGGACAUCAGCUCAUCGUUACGAUCCUGGGAGCGAAAGACCUGCCAUCAAGGGAAGAUGGACGUCCGAGGAACCCCUACGUGAAAAUCUACUUCCUCCCUGAUAGAAGUGAUAAAAGUAAGAGGAGGACGAAAACGGUGAAGAAGUCACUGGAACCCCGGUGGAGCCAAACCUUCAUCUAUUCACCAGUGCACCGGCGGGAGUUCCGCGAGCGCAUGCUAGAGAUCACGCUGUGGGACCAGGCACGGGUUCGAGAAGAAGAGAGCGAGUUCCUGGGCGAGAUCCUGAUUGAACUGGAGACGGCGCUGCUCGAUGACCAGCCGCAUUGGUAUAAGCUGCAGACACAUGAUCUGUCCUCCAUGCCGCUGCCCAACCCAUCACCGUACCUGCAGAGGAGGUUGCUGCAGGGCGAAAGCCCCACGCGCAGGCUGCAGAGAUCACAGAGGGUGAGUGACAGUGAGAUCUCUGACUACGACUGCGAGGAUGGAAUCGGAGUCGUUCCAGACUACAGGCACAACGGCAGGGACCUCCAGAGCUCCACACUCUCUGUGCCAGAGCAGGUCAUGUCCUCUAACCACUGCUCACGCUCAGUGGAGAUGAAACGGGCGCGGUCCCGGUCACCCAGUGUCCCACCUCCCCACAGCAGGAGUCUGGACCAUGGCACUCGUGGUGGACCAUAUGGUACAAGUCGCAUGGACCGCCAUCGUUUGUCGGAGGACCGCUACUCUCCCGACAGGACUUGCAGAGCUUUGGACAGGCACGAGUAUCACAGGUCCCGGUCGGCGGACCAGCGUCCUGUGCUGGAGCACUCCUCCCCCCGCUCCCGAUCAACCGAGCGGCCCGACUCGAGCCUCAUGAGGUCACUGCCGUCCUUACCAUCUGGAAGGUCCGCCCCUCCCUCACCUGCCUUAUCCAGGGCACAGCCUCGGGGUGGAGCCGUCCAAACCAGUCCCACCAGCACCCCCACAGUCACCCGAAGAGGACGCCAGCUGCCGCAGGUUCCCUCCAAGGCCACGCUGGAAAAAAGUGCCCUGACCGUGGAUGAACGCACACGAAUGAAGCAGCGUGAUCCUCAACGUGGCUCAGACAACCUGUCAGCCAAGUCCUCAGACAGCGACGUGAGCGAUGUGUCUGCCGUGUCAAGAACCAGCAGCGCCUCUCGGUUCAGCAGCGCAAGCUACAUGUCAGUCCAGUCCGAGCGCCCACGGGGCAGCCGCAAGAUCAGUGACUUUGCAUCCAAAAUGAAAAACAGGCAGGUGGGCACAUCCGGGGCCAACAUGACCAAAAGCACCAGCAUCGGCGGCGACAUGUACCGCUUGGAGAGGCAUGAUGGCAGCCAGUCAGACACUGCCCUCGGUGGCGUGGAUGAGGAUGAGAAGAAAAGGCGCUCCAGCAUUGGUGCCAAACUCGGGGCCAUGGUGGGCCUGUCACGGAAGAGCAGGAGCACCUCGCAGCUCAGUCAAACAGAAGGUGGAGGGAAGAAGCUGCACAGCAACGUGCAGCGCAGCGUGGAGACAGGCCUAGCUGUGGAGAUGAGGAGCCGCAUUGCACGCCAGACAAGCCGCGAGUCCAACGACGGCAGCAUGAACAGCUUCAGCUCCGAGGGGAACCUCAUCUUUCCCAACGUGAGGCUCUCAUCUGACAGCCAGUUCAGUGACUUCCUGGAUGGAUUAGGCCCUGCCCAAAUUGUUGGGAGGCAGACAUUGGCCACACCCCCUAUGGGGGACAUUCAAAUUGGAAUGGUGAUGAAGAACGAGUUAUUGGAGGUGGAGAUCAUCCGCGCCAGGGGCCUUGUUGGGAAGCCUGGUUCCAAAGUGCUGCCUGCACCCUAUGUGAAAGUGUACCUGAUGCUCAAUGGAUCCUGUGUUGCCAAAAAGAAAACAAAAGUAGCCAGGAAGACACUGGAACCGCUGUACCAACAACAGCUGUCCUUCCAGGAAAGUCCGACUGGGAAAAUCUUACAGGUCAUUGUAUGGGGAGACUACGGACGCAUGGACCACAAGUCCUUCAUGGGAGCUGUUCAAAUCCUUUUAGAUGAUCUUGACUUGUCCAAUAUGGUGAUCGGUUGGUUCAAACUGUUUCCACCAUCUUCACUGGUGGACUCAACACUGGCUCCUUUGACCAGAGGCACCUCCCAAACAUCCCUGGACAGCUCCUCAGCACCGGGCGGCAGGUCGUAGCAGAGCAAAGGCAGGUAGCUAUGUAGUAGCAACCAGCAUCGGCAUGAAGGGUAACGAUUGCAGGUGGCCGCUCCCAGGUCACACCUGCAUGCUUCCAGUUGUGUCAUCUGAAGCUCGUUUCUAGGGUUGCGGAGAUGGGCUUGUGUUUUCUGCAAAGCCGUGUGCCCAGUGCAACAAGAGCCCUGCUAAAGAACGCCGAGCUAGCACAGGACACUGGGAAGGACUGCUAAGCAUGUGGAAUUCAGCGGCACGAGGUUUUCAUCCACUUUUGAAGCCAUGGGGAAAAUUAAAGUAAAAAAACUACUGAGAACUGUUCUGCAGAGAUCAUUUUGAAAAGAAAGCUGCAUUUUUUUGUUUGUGUUUUUUUGUCCAUGUUCUCAUCAUGUCCACCAGGGUUGUAGUCCCUUGAUGACACCAUGCCAAUGAGCCCAGCUGUUCAGUGAAAGCAGAGAGACGUAGCAACAGCAGCCCAGUGACAGCCUGCCAAGUCAGAAAAGUGGAAGUGAGCUGCCCAGGCGAGCCCACCCUCAUUACUUCAUGUGCACUGACGUGUUCCGUGUCUCAUGUCGUUCUCGUCCAGAGAGCAUGCUUUAAAAAAACAACAAACAAAAAGAAAAAAAUGGCAUUAGAAAUGACAUGGCUACCAUCCAAGUUCCAAGAUAUGAACAGCAGAACCAACACUGACAUGAACUUCUGUGAUCUCUGUUCAUAUAUUUUAUGAAGUUUAAAAAGUGGGGGUGGGGGGCAUUUUUGCAUGUACUUAAACUUCUCAGAAGUUGGAAAAAAGCAGAAUAAUUUUGUAGAGGCUGUAACAUGCAGAAAAUGGAAAAAAAUGAAACACAGAUCAGCCAUUUCAACUGUUUAUAUUAUUUUUGAAGAUGAAUUUCUCUAGUGCAUGGAUUUCAAGGAGACUGAAUGUGACUGUGGGAAAGAUUCCAUGUUUGAUGUUCUUUGGACCAUCCAUUAGUCUGUUUUUUUGCAGACAUUUAUUUAAGGGAACCUAAAACAAUACCUUCUAGAUGAUAUUUAAAAAAGAAAUGUUUAUGUCACAAAAAUAAGACUAAAAUAAAUGUAAGGUAUUUAUUUCAUUGUAAAGGUGCAAGCCUUAUGAUCAUUAACAUUUUGUGCAAAUUGUACACUUUUCACUCUCUGUCCCUCACUGCAGACUGAUGGCCAGAGUACCAUGGAUUCCCUCUAUGAACUUACCCCAGAUCUUUCAGGGCUGUACAUUAUUUUACAGUUCUUGAUUAGUUCUUUAUACAGAAUUUGUUUUGUUUAACAAGCAUGUUGUUUUUUUCGCUUCCUUUUUUUCAACAUGGCUUGGGCACAUUUACAGUAAUUCCGCAUGUUUUGAUAGAAAAAGCAAAUUGGAAUUUUUGCAGUUUCUUGUACAGUGCAUGUUAACUAAAUUACCUUUCUGCCUCACCUUGAAUUAAAUUCUACAGCAAAUUAGUGGCUGAUCUUUUGUGGCCAACUGACAUCCAAGGAAACAUUCCACCAACCUGUAUGACAAUGUCUGUCUGAUCAAAAACGAGCAUAAAUAAAGGGAAAACAUUUUAUACUUAACAGAACAAAUGGGAAAAAAAACAAUGU